GGAAGAGGAGUCGCAAGGAGUUCGGAGCCUUCGUCGCGGUCUUCCUGAUGUGCGCGACAUUUUGCGGAUUACUCAUAGCCUUGCUCAUGUUUCUUUUCCACAACAAGAACAUGAACUGCGCGAAGCCCAUCGUGGUGAGGCUGUCGACGGGCAUCCGGUCGAUGAACAGCAUCAUGACGUCGAACGACAACGGCAGCUGCGACAACGAGCUGGCGCAGGGGUGGUACCGCUUCGAGACGCCCUACGGGAACCGCAUGCCCGAGCAGCCGGCCUCGCCCGGCAUGUGCAACACCAUGGUGCCCUUCUGGUUCUACGGGCGGCAUCCCCCGCAGCCGAGCAUGCCGAUGCCCGCGGUGGCUUGCGGCGCGGACGAGACCGACUCGUGCAGCUACUACGCCAACAUCCGGGUACAGCACUGCGGCACCUACAUGGCCUACUACCUGCAGCCGCUGCCCAGGUGCUUCAUGGCCUACUGCAUCGGCGAGCGCCUGUCGCGAAGGAGGUAUCGGAAUGCCAGCGACAUCUUCGCGCACUUGAGGAACAUGACGACCGAGAUGAGCACAGGGGCCACAUCACCGGAUGCGAACGAGGAUCGCUGA